AGUUUCAAUUUUUCUGGACCUGUUUGUUUUCUUUCAACACAGCUACUGAAAAAUUCCAGAACAAAAUCAAUUCGUGAGAAUGAGGGAAGAGGUUAUCAGCUCAGCUGGAACUGUCGAUCCAACUCCGGCCGCCAGUUCUGCUGGAGCUUCAUCACCUGCUGUUCCAACAAAUAUUGGAAGUGUUGAUGGAUCAAUUCGUGGACUUGGUUCAAAAGCUGCGUCUUUAUCUUGUGUGGGUUCACAACCACCUCAGCCUUCCUUGAGCACUGGUGUUGGUGGUUCUGCUUUCGGCAUGUCGAGAUACUCUUGCAGACCAUGGGAAAGGGGGGAUUUGCUAAGGCGUUUGGCUACCUUUAAGCCUGGAAAUUGGUUUGGAAAACCGAAGGUAGUCAAUUCACUUGCAUGUGCACAGAGAGGUUGGAUGAACGUCGAUGUUGAUAAAAUUGAAUGUGAAUCUUGUGGUAACAGUUUGAGCUUUGAAUUACUACAGUCAUGGACAUCUGCAGAAGUUCAACUUGCUGAGUUUACAAAGCAGCUGGAUUCUGGGCACAAAGUCUCUUGUCCUUGGAGAGGAAAUAGCUGCCCUGAAAGUUUGGUGCAGUUCCCUCCAACACCCCAGUCUGCUUUAGUUGGAGGAUUUAAGGAUAGAUGUGAUGGACUUCUGCAGUUUCAAUCUUUGCCUUCUGUAGCUGCUUCUGCAAUCGAACAAUUGCGAAUUUGUCGGAGUGCACAGCUUGAUCGCUUUUUGGCACAAUCCCCGAAUGUCACCAUGGGUGAAGUAGGUGUAAAACCGGAGGGUACACGUGAACUUCUUGAAAGCUCUCAAGAUAGAGCAUUCUAUUUGUAUUCUCAAGCACAGAAAAUUAUUAGCCUUUGUGGAUGGGAACCAAGAUGGCACUUAGAUGUUCAAGACUGUGAAGAGCAUUCUGCACAAUCAGCUCGAAAUGGAUGUUCUUUUGGUCCUACUGAGGCUCAGUUGCAUCUUUCGCAUGAUGCAUCUCGAAGCAAGAAAGCACUCUCUACUUCCGUUAAAAAGGACACUGGAAAGGGUAAAUUGGUGGUUGAAGACUCUAGAAGUGAAUUUAGAUCACCUAUACUAGAUUGUAGCAUAUGUGGUGCUACAGUUAGGAUAUUGGACUUCCUAACGAUUUCUCGGCCGGCUCAUUUUGCCCCUAACAACAUUGACAUUCCUUCUUCAAGUAAGAAAAUGGGACUGACUCGUGGAGUAAGUGCAGCUAGUGGAAUUAAUGGAUGGGUGACUGCCGAAGAUGCUGAUAAAGAACGUAUUGAAGAUCGUGAUGAAGUAGCGACAACAAAUGAGGCACGCUUACUACCGAACACGGAUGUUGAUUUGAAUCUGACAAUGGCAGGGGGCUUAAAUGUUUCUCAAUCAGAAAAGAACGCAACCAAUGAACAUAUUCUGAACGGGGAUUUGGGAAGGGAUCUAAUGAUCGGGCAACCUUCAGGCAGUGAGGUUGGUGAUCGUGCUGCUUCAUAUGAAUCAAGAGGUCCUAGCUCCCGCAAACGCAGUUUGGAUAAAGAUGGGAGUUCAGAUGACAGGGCACUAGUAAGGAUGCAUCAAGCCGAUAGUGUUGAAGGAACUGUUAUAGAUCGUGACGGUGAUGAAGUUACAGACGAUAGACAAUAUUCAGCUGGCCCUUCAAAACGUACUCGCAAUUCUGAAUUUUUUGACACUUUUUGUUCGUAUCAAAGAGAUUCUGCAGGUGCUGGUCCAAGUCAUUCCAUGGGUUUAGACCUUUGCAUGGAUGGGGAAAAAUUUAAUUCAUUUCAGCAAGGAGGUGAUCAAUGCACUGGAAUUCAAUCAGCUAGGGAUUCGACCCGUGCAUCAUCUGUCAUUGCAAUGGACACAUUGUGUCAUAAUGAUGGUGAGGACUCUAUGGAAAGUGUUGAGAAUUAUCCUGGGGAUGUCGAUGAUGUUCAUUUCCCCUCUUCCAGUACACAUGGGAAUUUAGACAAUAAUGAAAUGUCAGAAUUGAUACAUAGCAAUCAAGCUCAGCAGAGCGUUUUUCUUCGACCGGCUUCUGAAGUUCCUGGUGAAAUGGGUGUGAGUAGUACAAAUAACGGUGAAGAAAUAUUCAAUGCUGAUACCAUCACUACUCAGGCAAGAGAUGUGUUUAGUUUUGGAAUCAGUGGUGGAAGUGUUGGAAUGUGUGCAAGUCAUGAGGCUGAAAUUCAUGGGGCUGAUGCAUCGGUUCAUAGGACUGAUAGUGUUGUUGGUGAUGUUGAACCCAGAAUAGAAGAUGCCGAGAAUCAGGGACAAACUGGUGAGUCUGCCCCUGAUCCUGGACUAAUGGAUGAGAUUGUGCCGGAGGACAUUAUCAGGGAAGACCCUCAUGGUGAUAGCCAAGAGAUGUUUUCUCGGCCAGUAGAAAGAGCUGAUAGUGGAUCAAAAAUAGAUGGCUCUGCUAAAGACGAUUCUGUUGAAAGUGGUGGAAAAACAAGUCAGAGUUGCAAAACAAUCCUAGUGAAUAGCAGUCACAAUGCUGAUACACGACCAACUCAUGGACAAAAUAAGAUCGACGAUCCAAAUGCAGAGCCACAAAGAGGGGAAAGCAGUUAUGAAAUAGAGUUUGAUCCGAUUGUCCAUCACAAUCAAUUUUGCCCCUGGGUAAAUGGAAAUGUUGCUGCUGCUGGCAGUACGAGUGGUGGCUCCAAUGCCGAUGCAGUUGCUCUUAGUGGCUGGCAGCUGACGUUAGAUGCACUCAAUGCUCUGCAAUCCCUCGAGCGUACAGGAGUUCAGACGUUGCAAUCUGAGUCAGCAGCAUCUCUUUACAAGGUUGGUUUCCUUCUAAUACAUAUUUUGUCUUUCAUUGAAGCAAUACAUGAAUUCUUGAUUCUAUAUAAGCUAAAAAUUAUGGCUGCAGGGCACUCAAUAGCAUAACCAUAAAAUUGCACUCCUUAACUUUGUGGGUUGUUGUCAUCAUCAUUGUAGAAAUCUAUGGUGCAAUAACCUUAUUGGCAAAGUUUAUUUUGUCCCCUGUUUAAAAAGGGUGCAGUGCGUGCCUUUUGUGGGAGAAAAUCACCUCGACUCGGUAUGGUAAAAAAACCUUUUUUUUGGGGGGUAAGAAAAGAAACCUCAUCGAAGCACGUAUAUUGUCACAAUCUCAAAUGUAAUAUGGGUUGAUGACUUUCAAACCUGCGAAUGUGGGCUUAAAGGAUCAUCUUAAGUGCCAGAAGCUCAAGGGUCAAGUUUAUGUGUCUUCUUAUGCAAGUCCUGUCGGGAAAAUAACUCUUUUCCAUCAUAUGGGUGGUAGAGCUAGUUUACCUUAGGAAAACAAACUUAAGAACAACAUAGCAACACCACUCAUUUCAUCAACAAUGAGAAAAUGAUAAAUUUCUUUUCUCCGCCAAAUGGAGAAAGCAUUAGAGGGCGGCAUAGUGCACAAAUCUCUAACAUCUUAGGAAAACUCAUGUUUUUAACCAAAGAGCCCACAUAACAACUGUGAACCAUAUGCCCUGCCAACGAACCUUCCAAUUUUAUCGGAUGUCCCCGAAGGAACAACCUUGCCUCAACCAACGAAGGAUGAUAGAGGAACUCUCCUCGCCAAAUGUCUACAAGAAAACUCACGGUCCCGAUUUAAACCAGAACUCUGUAACAAGUGGCCUAAAUAUAAGAAUAGAACUGAUAAUAAACUAGUCAGUGGUAACCUAUGUCUUCAGCCACCUGCAUGUGCUUGCUGAAAAUGCAAAAUCGGAAAAGACAGUAUGGAGGAACUGCCCUUUAAAUAUGACAUCUGUGGUUUAGAGUAUCAUCUUUUUAGGUCCCUAAAGUUUCUCGAAGACAUGAACCCUUUGAUAUGGAGUAAGAGGUAGAGAUUGGAAAAGAAGGAAGCACAAAAAAUGAUCUAGAACGUAGCAUUAAAGAAUGGAGGUACAAUGUAAUACAUUGAGAUACGUUGCUGUAUUAUAGAAUCACAAAUAGUAGUUUCCUCAUAACCUUGCUCGUCUAGAAGUUUCCUUA